AGGGGAGGGGCGGCUGGCUCGAGCCCGCAGCUCCGACCGUAGACCGCGAGGCGCGCGGGGGGCCGAGGCGCAGCAGCAGCAUGCUCGGCCUCCUGCGCGGCGGCAGCUUCGGCCGGGCGGCGGUGGGUCGCGGUCUCCCGCUGCCCGAGCUGGAGAGCCCCCGCGCCCGGGGGGGGGGGGGGGGGGGGUCGGCACGCUGCCGAUCGCGCGCCAGAGACGCCCGAUCGAGGAUGGAGGCCUCGCCCACCCGGGACUUCCUGGACUCCUGCACCUCCUACGGGGACCUGCCGGGGGAGGCGCAAAUGUGCCACGUGAUGGACGCGCUGCGGGAGCAGCGGUCGAUGCUCCUGCACAUCAUCGCGCGGCUCCCGCCGAUCGAGGGCGUGGACCCGAGGGCGGCGGCGGCGCUCAGCGCGGGCUGGCUGGCGGGGCACGCGAGGGGCAAGCCGUGUCCAGAAGGGUUGCCCCCCUCGCCAGAGGACGGCCCCCUGCAGCGGCGCGCGGUGCGCUCCGGCAGCGCCUCGUCCGGCAUGGCUCCGGCGGUGCAGGUCAAGCAGGCUGCGCAGCCGAGCUCGCCACCGACACCGAGCCCAAAGCCUCCGCUGAGCGCCCGCUCGGCCAGAAGGAGCGCUCGGAGGACCACGCGGUCGCCGACCCGCGCAGCGCCAACGAUCUCGCCAAUGAGCGGGAGGAUUUGGACGCAGGUCCCCCUCACCGAAGCGGACGAGUCCAGCGAGCACGUGCUCCUGCAGGUCGAGGGCGACAGCGCCGCGGGCCCGCGGGGUCGCGGGCGCGCGGGGGCGCCGGCCGGCGAGGGCGGCGCCCGCGCGGGGGGUCCGACGCUGCUGGACGCCUCCCGCCUGCACAGCUCGAGCGGCGACCACGAGCUCGAGAAGCUCGAGCGAGGCCACACCGACGAGCUGAGCCUGCAGUCGUCCCACGCCAGCGACUUCUCCCCGCCGCCCCAGAGCCGGGCGACGGCGGAGUCCCCCUCCAGAAGCAUGAGCUCGAUCGAGCGGCAGCACCGCAAGGUGGUGUUCCGUGACCGCACGAGCACCUUGAAGUCCAUGAAGUCCCGCCUGGGCUUCGUGAAGAGGAUCGAUUUCUCGGACAGCAUGGUCAGGGUGGCGACCACCGUCAGGCACACCAGUCAGUCCGUCGGUCCUGGGCGAAUGCAGAAAGGGCUGACUGUGAUGGCAGACUGGCUGGACGCGAUGCUUGUGGAGGGCGAGCCACCGAGGACUGGACGCCUGAACCAGAUCGUCAACGAGAGCAAACCGUUCGAGAUGCUCUGUUUGUCCGUCAUCGUGUUCAACGGGUUCUUCGUUGGGUACACCACCAAUCGCGAGAUGGCGUACUUCGAUGCCCACCCAACGCAGGAUUGGUCACAGGUGCAACCGCCCAAGACUCCCAAGGAGUGGCUCUACAUCGAAAUCGCCUUGGUGGUGUGGUAUUGUAUCGAGCUGGCGAUGCGGCUGUCUGUGCAUAAGGCGUAUUACUUUUUCAACCAAGACGCGAAGUGGAACAUAAUGGACUUCUUGCUAGUGGCAUUCUCCAUUCUAGAUUUGAUCGGAAGCGCCACGCAAGUCGGGUUCUUCAGAAUGAUCAGAGUUUUCAAGGUGGUGAAGGUGUUACGAACUCUCCGCGCGAUGCGUUUCUUUCAAGAGCUACGCCUCAUGGUGGAUUGCGCGUUGGGCUCUUUCAUGCAGUUGCUUUGGUGUCUUGUGGUGAUCGCCUUCAUUUUGUACUUGUUCUCUCUUGUGUUCGUGCAGGGUAUGGCCGACUACCUCACGGACCUCGUGGCCGAUGAGGCGACCUUGACCACGGUGCAGGUCGAGCGAUACACCGGUGUCGUGGACAACUUCGGCUCGGUCCCGCACGCCAUGCUGCUGCUCCUUCAGUCCGUCACUGGCGGCUUGGAUUGGGAGGAGAGCUGUACGACGUCAUACUGCUGUCCGGCGGCGUCCGGGCCGCGGUCUACGUCUUCUACAUCCUGUUCUUCGUGGUGGCGAUCUGGAACAUCCUGCGGGCAGCGCCCGUGGUCCAGGUCUUGAAGUUGGCGCAGCCCGACAUGGAUACGCUUAUGAUGGAGCAACGUCGCAAGGA